AAAGCAAGCAUACAUAGUUUUCAACAUCUCUUGAUCUUAAAAGUUGUUCUUCGUUUCUUGUUGUAAUCAUUAUGUUGUUAUUCCCUAGGUUUGCAGCAGGUGGAAAAUGGCUAGGAUUUGUCACAGCCAUAUGGGUUCAAGCAAUCUGCGGAAACAACUAUACUUUUGCCAAUUAUUCUGAUGUAUUGAAGAGUCUUAUGGCUCUAAGCCAGAUGCAGCUCAAUAACCUCUCUGUUGCUAAAGAUGUUGGCAAGGCUUUUGGUGUUUUAUCUGGUCUUGCUUCUGAUCGUUGGCCAACCUCAGUUAUACUCAUGAUCGGAGCCAUCAUGGGACUCAUAGGCUAUGGAGUUCAAUGGCUUGUUGUUAGCCAGAGAAUCAGUCCACUCCCCUAUUGGCUGAUGUGUGUCUUCUUGUGUAUGGGAGGGAACAGCACAACCUGGAUGAACACAGCAGUGCUUGUGACUUGUAUGAGGAAUUUUCCACAAAAUCGUGGUCCAAUUUCUGGUAUUCUAAAGGGUUAUGUGGGACUAAGCACAGCAAUCUUUACAGAUAUAUGCACUGCUUUGUUUUCCUCUGACCCCUCUAAGUUUCUGCUAAUGCUUACCAUUGUUCCUGCUGUCAUUUGCCUUAUUGCUGCUCUUUUUCUUCAAGAAAGCCCACCAGCUUCUACUUCUGCUGAAGAGAAGCAAGAAACCCAAUUCUUCAAUAUAUUCAACUUGAUUGCAGUCACAGUAGCUUUGUACCUCUUGGCCUUUGACAUAUCUGGUCCUCAUGGCCAUGUUCUUUCCUCGGUUUUCACAGCAGGACUUCUUAUUCUAUUAGCCAUGCCACUUCUUGUUCCUCUGUACUCGGUCAUCUUCAAAUCAAGUCCUAAUCUUGACCAAGAAAACCAGAUUCAUGAACCAUUGCUUGCCCAAAAAGUUUCAAUAGUAAAGGAAGAGAGGCAGGGCCAUGAAGUAAGUCGAGGCACCAAGGUGGAGGAAGUUGAAAUGAAACGAAAACCCAUGAUAGGCGAGGAGCAUACCAUCAUUGAAAUGGUAAAAACUGUUGAUUUUUGGGUAUUGUUCGUGUCAUUUCUUUUUGGUGUGGGAACAGGAUUGUGUGUGAUGAAUAACAUGGGGCAGAUGGGACUAGCACUCGGUUACCAUGAUGUUUCUAUAUUCAUUUCCUUCAUUAGUAUAUGGGGCUUCUUUGGACGCAUCAUUUCUGGCUCACUCUCAGAAUACUACAUCAGAAAAUCAGGCAUGCCAAGGCUAGUUGGGAAUGCUGCUUCUCAAAUUCUGAUGGCUCUGGGUUACAUUACAAUGGCUUUGGCCUUGCCGGGGUCACUCUACAUCGGUUCAAUGUUAGUGGGAAUAUGUUAUGGGGUGCGUCUUACUAUAUCACCAGCAGCAGCUUCAGAGUUAUUUGGUCUCAAAUACUAUGGUUUAUUGUACAACAUUCUCAUUCUCAACUUUCCUAUUGGUUCCUUCCUUUUUUCUGGUCUCAUUGCCGGUUACCUUUAUGAUAUUGAAGCCACUAGUGUGCCUGGAGGGGGAAACACUUGCAUUGGAGCACAUUGUUUCAUGCUUGUGUAUGUGAUUAUGGCCUUUGCUUGUGUCCUGGGAUGUGGAUUGGACUGGCUGCUAGCAGUUAGAACAAAGAAGAUCUAUUACAAGAUCCACUUAGAUAGAAGUUGUGUCAAUUCCUCUAGUUCAACACUCAGAUGAUACUCCAUUUUUUUUAAGUUCGUAGGCCUACGAAAUUUUUUGGGUAGAUUUUAGGCUAGAAGAUUAUUGCCAUUAUCUGUGAAUUGAA